AAACAAUAUACAGAAAACCGAAAAAAGGAAAAGAAAAGAAAAGCUUGGUUUUAUUAUUCCCCUUCUCCCCCCUUCUCUCUUAAUCAAGAGAGACAGAUGGGCAAAUCGCAUUGUUUUCAACUCGAAUAGACUAAUUAACAGUCACGAAAAUUAAUAAAAACCCUUAAUUUAUGUGACUCUGCAUGCCUGCGUGGUCUUCCAAUUCUUUAAGAGAUCGCUGUUGUUGCUUUUUUUUUUUCUUCUUCUUUUCUCUCCAUUUUCUCUCUUUUUUGGGUAUUCUUUCAUUUUUUUUCUGAGUCAUUUGGGAAACAAGAAAACGAUUGAUUGGUGUUUGUAUUUCGUUAUUGUUCAUUGGAAAGAAAGAUUCUGCGGGAGAUAUUUUGUUAUAUGUACAAGAUGGAUCGAUCUUGUUCUUCAUCGUGAAGCUCACUCACUUGGGUGUAGGCUGUAGUUCUUCCAUGUGCUCUGUUCAUGAUUCUUCUGUUUUGAUUCAAAUUUUCUUUUCCUGGUGGGGCUGUUAAUAUUUAUUUCAAAGUCAUUUCUAGAGGAGAAGCACACGCGCUCAACGCGCCACAUGGGAUUGAGGUUCGGGUUUAAUCCGAGAACACAACAACAGGAGGAAGAAAAACCAUGGAAUCACAAUUGGCUCUGAUUGAACAGUCUUUUAAUUACCGGUACUCGGUUUGGGUGCGAGAAGCGCUCGAUGAAUUGCCUGAUAAUUUCACUAUCACUGAUCCUUCAAUUUCAGGGCACCCAAUUGUUUUUGCCAGCCGGGGAUUCUUGAAAAUGUCGGGAUAUUCGAAAGAGGAGGUGAUUGGGAAGAAUGGUAGGGCAUUUCAGGGACCAGAGACUAGUAGGAGAUCAAUAACCGAAAUUCAGGAGGCAAUUCAAGAAGAGAGGACAAUACAAACUAUUUUAUUGAAUUAUCGUAAAGAUGGAACCCCCAUUUGGAUGUUAUUUCACAUGAGUCCUGUUUUUAGUAAGGAAGAUGGCAGGGUGAUACACUUUGUUGCAGUUCAAGUGCCAAUGUCACGGAAGCCAAGGCGGUCCGGAAGCGGGCCUGGAAGAGAUGGAGUAUGCGAGGACGGGUGUAGGUCACGUGAUAUUGUAUUCGGGUCUUGUAGGAGGGAGGUGUGCUCGGAUUCGGUGUUGGAGCUGGAACAUGUUUUGGCUUUUGAGUCGCUGUUUGAUUCAGAUAACAGAGACAAUGAAGAGCCUCGGGAAGCAAGUGAUCAAGAGAAGAGAAGGGCUGCAGCCGCAGUUAACAAUAUCUUGUCUUUGCUAACACACUAUAGUGAGUUAACUGGCAAAUUGGUCUGUGAAAAGAGAUGCACCUUAUCUGGAAUUGGCCUCCUUGGUGCUUCCUUAAUUAUAUCUCUUGGUAGAAUCAAACAAAGCUUUGUAUUGACUGAUCCCCAUUUACCUGAGAUGCCAAUCGUUUAUGCAAGUGAUGCCUUCUUAAAAUUGACAGGAUAUGCUAGACAUGAAGUGUUGGGAUGCCAGUGUAUGUUUUUGAGUGGUGUGGAUACGGAUCCAUCAACUCUAUUGCAGGUAAAGGAAAGCAUCCAAACUGAGAAAGCAUGCACAGUACGUAUCUUAAAUUACAGGAAGGAUAGGAGUUCAUUUUGGAAUCUUCUUCACAUAUCUCCUGUUCGGAAUGCCUCUGGCAAGAUAGCAUACUCGGUGUGGGUUCAGAUGGAAGAAGGUUGUGGUUACCAGGAUGCUCAAGGGCUGAGCCCUGAGAUGAGGCAGCGUAGCACGGUUGGUGCGGUCAAGGUUGCAGUGAGGAGUUCAUCAAUGGGUGCUGGCCCUUCUAAGUCAUAGCAUUACUUUUAUAUUCUUUAGUGCUGAUACUGGUUUCUAUAGAAAUAUUUUUCCACUCUUUAUUAUUAUUUUUGGAACUGUAAACCUCUAUAUUACAUUUGGAAUUUCGUAUAGCUGUAGCUGAAAAAGGCAAGAACUAAAGAAAAAUGGGUUCGGCACAGUGGCUUCAAUGUUAAAAUCACACUGUAUAUAUGAAAAUGUUUCAAUAUAAAGUUGAAUC